GAAAAAAUCAAACCAAAGGGGCACACAUGAACUGAUUUCAACCAACCAAACCUUCUUCUUGGAGUAAAUGCUAUUGACAGCAAGUGUUUCCUUCAACUGUCACAAGAAGAUUACGGACUCAUAGAAUCCGAUUUCAGACAGGGGUUUCCAUUUCCAAAUCAAAAGGAAGAAAGAGCCAUUUCGGCGUUCAUCUGGGUUAAAUUGCUUCUUCUUGAAAACGUCUAAUAUCUCUUGCCGGCGACAUCGAGUGGUAAUUCCUAUUCUACAUUUUCGGACGAAUUUUAUUUAUCCGUCACUUAAUCUCACACACACACAUCAACAAUCUAUCGCCAACACCCCUGAACCGAAAGAAUAAAAGAUCAUGUCCGUCUAAUCAGCACAACUGCUCGACAGCAAAGCCAGUAGCGCAUACUUCGCUAUCCAACAAUAUCCUAUUCAUAGCUUCCACAUCAAAUCUCCAACACUAUGCGGCACACAGAUCGAAGCUAUCUUCGGCUUAUAGCUUUCUGCAUUCUCACCCUUUCCAUCUGGACAGCAUCAUCCACUGCACAAAGUCAAACAAAUGCUUCUCUAAAUCGACCAGACGCAACUGCUGCUGCCACCGCUUCAAAUGGUGAUCGAGUAGUCACAUCAACCCUUACAGUAGGCGGAGCAACGCAAACAACGAUAGUUUCAGGUGCAGGAGCAGCAGUAGCAGAACCAACAUCAACAGAUGUUUCUUCCAUUUCAUUUUCCUCUCAAAGGGUGCCUUAUUUACUCAAUUUGCCGGAGAAAGAACCUGCUUCUUUGCAAGAUUCGUUCCCUCAAUGGUCUGGACCGACAUUCACAGGAUGUGAUGAUGAUGAAAGUAUUGACUAUGCAGCCUCACCCUUUCGAAUCAAUGUCUCUGCCGUUUAUACACAAAUCGACACAAAUUUACAAGAUGGUGGGAGGAUGAAUACCUUUGGAAGUGCUACUUACGGCAAUCUACGUAUUGUAGCUCUGGGAGAUGUUGGCAACGAAACACAUGCUUUCUCCAAUGGUCUCCUCAGUGCAGCAGGCGUAAGCACUCGAUUCUUAACCUUUUCAAUCUUCAAUAAUUACACCUUUCUCUGUGAUCGAGUGUACCCGGCAAACAAUGACACCUUGAAUCCAAAUGUGAUUCCAGCAAGCUGUCAAUUUGGUCCUGGCCCGGUCGCAUUUGGUGUGGAUGUUCCGCUCAAUAGUUCUUACGAAGCUGGAACGCUUUGGACUCAAAUUCGACUGUUGGAUCAUUCCAACCCUGCAAGAACGUUGGCUUGUAUUGAAGUACAAACUUCGCCUUACAAUCCCGAUAGUUGGUACUGGAAAUUGGUGCUAUGGCUGCCUGUUGCUUUGUUCUGUGCUUUCUUUUGUCUAGCUACAAUUGCAGCAAUCACAACUGCUGAAACAGCACAAAGGAUGGCUUACAAGAAUCGUGCUCGAGAAGGUGGUCCGCCAACGUUUGUGCGCGAUAAAUUACGACCGAUGAUCUUAUCAGCUUUGGCAGGUCGCGAAAUGAUCAGAAGUCCUGCUUUAUUGCGAUUCGUAACGCCAGGAUGUUGGGAUAUCUUACUGUACUUGCAAUUCCUUGUUGCUCUAAUCAUGUGUCAUGUCCAAUGGCCAGAUUUCGUUUACCCUUUUGCAAGGCAAUUGGCUUGGUCUACUUUAUUGGGAAACGUCACGAUUGUCGAAAAGGAAAGGCAAAGUCAUGAUAUUCUAGCCACAAACACAUUCUUGCCAGAAGGAGAUGUGGGUGCACAAAUGCAAAACGCUUCAUCUCCACUUUUUAUGAACAGCCAACAAGAGAACAAGUUACUCAAUCUCGGAACUUCAUCUACCGGAAUGGAACGAUAUGCUUCAGCAGUUGGACUUCAAGCUUCCUCUUUCUUUGGAACUUGUUUGACGAUUUGGCUUGCCUUGGUUGCCGUUGUGAUUGCUGUUUCUUUAUUGGCUUGGAUAAUUGACGCUUUCUUUGAGAUGAGACAUCGUAGAACCCGAAGGCAAGAAGAGGCAAGUGGUGAAAUCUUGCAAACAAGUCCAAGACAAAGUCUCUCUGAAUUAAAAGCAAAUCCAAGGCAUCAUCAUUCAGACAUGAGCACACACCCGCUUUUUGGAGAGAAUGAAGCUCCAAGCGGUCGAUUGGGUCGGGCAAAGAUGGGCCAUCAUAUGGUCGCUAUGCACGGAAAUCUGAUUCGUGCUUUAGUGCUAUUCCAUUUGCCCAUCACGAUCGUCAGUACUUAUCAAUUCGCUAAUCCGGCUGGACAUUCAACGGUUUCGAUCGCUCUGUCGGCUCUAUCAUUUGCCAUCUUUAGCGUUCUUACUCCAUUCUACCUAAUUCGAAGAAUAGCUCGAACCUCAACGGAAAAGUUGUACGAGGAUAAUAAUACCUUGUUGGCUUUGGGACCGGUUUACCACACGUACGCUCCAGGCAGUCAGUUGUUUUAUAGCGUUUCAUUCGUUCAUAGUCUUGCUCUGGGUAUCGUUGUAGGUGUUGCACAAAAGAGCGGAUCUGCUCAAGCUAUUGUCAUUAUGGUGGUCGAAGUGAUCGCUGCAUUGGCUUCAAGUCUUUGGCUACCUUGGGGAGAAGGCGCAAUGAUGGGACCACUGAAUUUCAUGACUGGCGUUUUGAGAAUCGUUUCUGCGGUUUUGGUACUGUUGUUGACCUCUUUGGUAGGAUUUAGCAAUCAAGCACGCGGAUGGCUGACGUAUGUCUUGCUAUUGAUUCAAGCAAUCUUUCUUGCUGGAGCAAUUUUAGUCUUGCUCAUCAAAUUGGUUGAAGCAUUCGUACGUGCUGUUUGGCGGGUUCGAUUCGACGAGCGUUUAUCUGGAAGAACGGCUGGCUUGGGAGGAGCUAUCAGGAAGAUCAGAAGACGGAAAUUGAAAAACAGAAAGGCUGCCUUACCAUUACAGCUUCGAAAAGCAGGUCAGAAAGGUGGACCACAACAUCAAGUGCGACCCUCAGUUCACUCGAGAAAUACUAGCAUGGGCAGCUCAUCAACCAUGGCAAUGCUAGACAAAGCCGGUCCGAUUUCAAUGUCAGAUAAUCGAUAUAGCUAUGUUGAAUAUCUGGAUCACGGACAGAGGAAGAGACCAAGAUCUGUCGGCUCUGAUCUUGAUUACUUUGGUAAAAUGUCACCAAGCGGUUCCGGUAGAAUGACUCCUUAUUCUCCCAUCCAAGCUCGACCUUAUGAGCAGGACGACACAGGCUCUAUCAUGGCUGCUAUGCCUCCUUUGAGCGCAGGUGAUCAACGCAAUAAUCCAGCUUUCGUGCGUGUAAGAGGUGAUCGUGCUUCGGAUGGUAAUCCAUAUACUCCAAAAACAGCACCUCCAACACAGGCCAUGCCAGGGCGAUUGCCAAGGCCACAAAGCGCAUCUGGCAUCAAUGGCGAAUGGGCAAACAAUCAGAUGAGAAGGCAAUCCAACAGACCCUUCCCUUCGCCAGGUCAUCCAUCUGCUCAAAGACCCAACAGGGUUUCAACACAUGAGAUGAGUAGCACACAAGCAGCUGCAUUCUCUGCAAGACAUUCACUUGCCGGAUUACCACAAGUUGAAGAUGGCUCGAACAACAAAUCAGCCAAGAAAGGGCCUUUCGCUGGUUGGAGAAGGAAGAUGAAUCCUAACCGCAGAGGUGGAAUUGAUUCAGACGAUAGUGAUGACGAUUGGAGUGAGGAAGAGGGAGGCACUUGGAACUCUAGAGCGGCAGCUCAAAAUCGUGCACCUUGGAUGGGUGCAGUAAAGAUCUCAGCAGCUAUCCAAUCCUUAUUUGGAGGUGCACAUGCAGGAACGGCAACGGCAACACUUGAAGGUCGUGCGCCUGUUCGAACAGAGGAAAUCGAUCCUCCACAAAAAGGUUUCGAAGUCGUUCGAAAAGCAAGACCAGCACAACGAACGCCUGUUGCCGAACGAUUGAGCGAUGCAGCUUCGCAAAAAGCAGAUGCGCAAAAUGAACAAGAACAAAGCCUCUUACCAAAGCCAGAACCGAUGGAAAGAGAAGCCUCUGAUUUCUAUAGGGAUACACAAGUCACACCACCUCCUUUGGGUCAAAGAAUGUCAAAUAUGUCACCUUCCGACUUUUAUGAAAGUCAUUUAGGUAUCUUGGGAGCUGAUAUGCAAAGGGCUACUAGCAGCGCAGGUCAUUCAAUCAAUGAGCCAGGCGAAGAAAGAUUUUGGUUACCUCCUAUCGAUGUUUCCACCGAUGACGGUAGCAAGAAUGAGCCAGUCGUACACGAUGGCAAAGACACGACACAACAUUGAUCAUAAAAAGUGAUGCAAUAAUGAAUACACGCGGAAUGUCAAAUAUUCCUUCCUCCUACUUCACUCUUUUUUCUUGGUCCCACAACCCUUCACGGUUCCCAUCGCUGUAUCUUCUAUCUCGUCUCCUUCUUUUUGUAUCUCAUAGCAUGCUCUGAACAUAAUGGACUAUACAUGAAAUGUUAUCAUUUUUAUUCUGUACAAGUGUCAAAAUUAUUACAUCACAUCGAA